UGAAACAGAGACUGGAGAGAGAUAAAAUCUUCAUCUCCUAUCAGGGAAGAAAAGAAAGUUGCUUUGUUUUGUGGGUCUGAGAAUAUAGAGAAAAAGUCUUUGUGUGUUGUGAAUUGAAUUGGGUUAGGACUUUGGAGGAUGGCAACAUUUGCAGGGACGACCCAGAAGUGCAAGGCAUGUGAGAAGACUGUGUACUUGGUUGAUCAGCUCACUGCUGACAACAAAGUCUACCACAAGGCUUGUUUCAGAUGCCACCACUGCAAAGGAACCCUCAAGCUUAGUAAUUAUUCCUCGUUUGAGGGUGUUUUAUAUUGCAAGCCUCACUUUGAUCAGCUAUUUAAGAUGACUGGCAGCUUGGAUAAAAGUUUUGAAGGUAACCCGAAAACUGUGAGAGACAGGUCUGCUGAUCAGGUCAAUAGCAAAGUUUCCAGUAUGUUUGCUGGAACUCAAGAAAAGUGUGUUGCUUGCAAGAAAACAGUUUACCCAACUGAAAAGGUGGGAGUUGAUGGAACAUCAUACCAUAAGGCGUGUUUCAGGUGCACCCAUGGCGGCUGUGUGAUCAGUCCAUCAAACUAUGUAGCUCACGAGCACCGUCUCUAUUGUAAGCAUCACCAUAACCAGCUAUUCAAGCAGAAGGGAAACUUCAGCCAACUUGACAAGCAUGAAGAAGCUAAAGAGGUGACUGAGAACACAGUGGCGGAGUAGCUCUCUCAAAAUUUUCAUACUAAGCAAGAGUCUCCAAUGAAACUGUUGUAGCAUACAGGAAGUGCUAUCGGAGUUCUCUCUCUCUCUCUCUCUGUCUAUUUAAAUGUAAUAUGUUUCAGGUACAAAAAGAGGAAUUGUUUUUUGGCAUUGCUGCUAGGUGUUGAGUGUGUUUGAAUGGGGGUAAACAUACAGGAGCUGAUGUCCAGUUUUCCAAUAAACUAGUGGUAGGCCCAAAUGUGUCCUAUGUUUUCAGAUUGACCGGAUGGUUUUCAUUUACAAUGUCUCUUCAAGUUGUUGUGUCCUCA